UCUCGUCACCAACUAGUCUCUCUCUCUCCCUCUCUCUCUCUCUGAAGGAAAGAACAACUUGAAGGAACUGCAGAAAGCUUGGCUUCUUCUGCAUUUCUAAGGAAAACCCAGAAGAGAAACGACUUCUUUCUCUGGUGUGAAAUGGAUAGAGGUGGUGUUUAUGAGAAUGAUGAGUUUGUUAACCUAAAGGCCACUGAGCUGAGGUUGGGAUUGCCAGGGACGGAUGAUGGAUGCGAGGAAAACGAAAGGAUGUCUUGUGUAAAAAGCAACAAGAGAGCUUUACCUGAUACUAAGAAGGAGACUGCAUCAACAGGAAAGACCGAAACCUCCCCUCCCCCAAAGGUUCAUAUAGUUGGUUGGCCACCGGUUCGAGCCCACAGGAAGAACAGCCUUCAGCCAAAGAAAAAUGAGAGCGAGGGUCAAGGGAUCUACGUGAAAGUAAGCAUGGACGGUGUGCCGUACCUGAGGAAGAUAGAUCUGACGAUGUACAAGGGAUACCCAGAACUGCUGAAAGCCCUUGAGAGCAUGUUUAGAUUUUCUGCGGGAGAGUACUUGGAAAGAGAAGGAUACAAAGGCUCAGACUUUGUACCAACUUAUGAAGACAAAGACAGUGACUGGAUGCUCGUAGGGGACGUUCCUUGGGAGAUGUUUGUGUCAUCAUGCCAGAGGCUAAGGAUCAUGAAAGGAUCUGAAGCCAGGGGUUUGGGUUGCGGUGUAUGAGAAAUACCGCCAAAAGCCCUGCAGAGAAAAAACAGAGAGAAGAGUGAGAAGAGUCAUCUCUGAUGAAGAAGAGAAAGCUCUGACUGCUCGGGUUCUCGGGCAAGACAUGCAUGCAUUUGAAUCCAGAACAUAGACUUACCUCAUCAGUAAAUUCAUGUCCUGGUCUCAGAUUUGAAUUCUUCUUCUGAUGGUAACACCAAAAGUUAGAGAACCAUGUUUACUGGUUUUAAGCAAAUGUGAGAUACAAAAUGUAUUUGGUUAUGCUCUAUUGCUAAUCCCAUAAGACAGGACUAGCUGGAGAGAAGAGGGCAUGGCUUGUCCUAAUCUUGGCUUUGGCUAUGUAUAACAAAGUGUAUUAUAGAAAAGUUCUAAUCUAUAACAGUGUGUGUCUGAAAGAUAUCUGCGUUCUCAACGAACUCAGAAUUCCAUGUACUACACAUUCCAAUUUUUUCUCUCCUGUUGCUUUCAA